AUGGCGACGAUACGAGAUGGAGUCGAGUCGAGGGGAAAAGAAAGGCGCAAAAGGCUGGAAUGGAUGACGAAGGACGGUUUCUUGCUGGAUCUCGCUGCUUGGAGCCCGAGCAUGUCACUAACAGAUAGCGGUCGCGCAGUCGCCACAGCGGUGCAGAAGCGGCAUAGCGCUCACGAUUGCGUCUCCACAGCGGGCGUCGCAGCCCGAUCUAGUGAGAUUCUCCCCUCGGCAGAUCCGGCCGUGACGAGCGCGCCCGAUGACGGUUGCGAAUACGAGGAUGGAAACUCAAUUCUGGUUGCAAUCAGUGGUCAAACUGAGAGAUUCAAGGCUGAGCACGAUUGGAUAUAUUUGGUUCACGUUGAGACCUAA